AUGAUGAGUGAGCAUCCCCCCCCUUCCAUAUUGAGACGGAAUGGUCACAGACUAAGCAUACCAAGUGCUACGCGACAAUCUUUAAGGAAAUCUUUCAUAUUCGAUAACAGUAAUACGCCGAGCAUAAACAUAGGCAAUGGUGGAGGCAUAGGGUCGGCCAAGAGGAAGUCGCUCAUACUGACUCCGGCAUCUUCUACAAGUAAAAGAAGAUUGAGCUCAUUCUUACCUUCAUCUCAACAAACACCUAACUCGUCACAACAAAUUCCCUUGCAUACGUCUCAGAUCCCCUUGAGUCAGCAGCUGCAGUUACAAGUGCAGCAAAAGGUGGAUCCAAGGCCCUUGAGAGACAAGAACUAUAUCUCAUUGAUCCAACAGGAAAUCUUUGACUUUCUCAGUGUAAACAAGUUCGAGGUUGAAUCAAACCAUUCAUUGACGCUGAAGACGUUGCGCCAGCCUACGCAGAAGGACUUUGUACUUAUAUACCAGUUCCUUUAUCAUAAAGUGGACCCAUUCUAUCAGUUUGCAAAGAACUUCGACACUGAUGUCCUCACCAGUCUCAAGAUGCUCAAUUACCCGUACAUAGACACGUUGAACAGGUCGCUGUUGUCCAGUGUGAGCCCUCAGAACUGGCCCAAUGUAUUGGGAAUGCUCUACUGGCUCGUGAAGUUGAAUUUGAGGAUAUCUAUAUUCGAUAUAUCGGAAUUUCUCAAUUCAGAGAGCACUUUGGUGCUGCCCGACGAUAAAUUAGAUCAGAUAUUUAUUAAUUAUACGCGAGCAGCUUACCAGUCGUACUUACAGAAUGACGAUAACUACCAGCCAUUUUACGAAGAAAUGAUGUCCAAAUACGAGGCAUUUAGGAAGAAAUUGAGUCAAGAUAUUACGGACUUGGAAAAGGUGACGGAGCAGCUUUCUAAUGAAUUCAAAUCACUAGAGCAGCAGCUCCAGCUUAUAGAAACUAAUGAAAAUCAGCUGCGAGCAUUGGAAACUGACCUUGUGCAGCUCAAAGCAUACAAUGAAACCUUGGAGUCUGCCAGGACAGCAAGACAGGAAAAAUUGGCUUUGAUUCAAGAAGAAUUGGAUAGGCAGGACCAAAAAUUGGAGUCCUUAAGAGAACAAAAGGUUCAAUGUGAAGCAGAGUUGAAAAAAAAUGGAUUAAAUGUCUUGGAUAUUGAUAAAUUGCUUAAUGAGAGAGACUUGAUCUCGAGGGAAAUCACCAAAGAGCAAGAAACCAUCGAUAAGUUGAAUAAUGACUACCAGAUAAAGGAGAUCGACAUACACAAAAAGUUUGAGAGCCUUAACAACUUCAUCAACCAGUACAACAACAUAGUGGACAGGUUGACUAGAUCUAGAGAAAGCGAAAUUAGAUUUUCUGACUUGAAGUUAACUAUUGGCAGCAACUUACUCGAUAACGGAGCAAACCCUCACGAUCCAAUGUCUAUCUUGAGCAACAAGGUGCUCAGCGAAGAGAGAAGCAAGUUGGAAAACUUCAGAAUGGGCAUCCGUAAAAAUUUCAACGAAUUGCAGAAAAAGUCCAUUGAAAUUCAGGGUGAAUUGGAUGUCAUGGAAGGUGUCAAGCUGCAGCUUCAAGAAAAGUUUGAGACUCUUGAAGAUGACUUUGCACGAUCAGUAAGAACUUCAGAUAGCAUUAAGGAAUAUGGGACAAAUGUACAGCAUUCUUAUGCCAUAUCAAUUCACAAAUUGCAUAACGAGAUCAAAGAUCUCAAAUUCAACUCCAACAAUAAAGAGAUCUUACUUGAGACUGACAAUGUCUUAAGGGACUUGGAAAUGAAAUUCGGCACCAUCGAAAGAGAAGUUUUCCAUGAGAGAAUGGAACUACAGACCAAAGUGUACGAAUUGAUCGACGACAUUAUCAAGUUUAAGUUACACAUCCAAGAAAAGUUGGAAGAGGUCAGCACAUUGGCUUUGGAAGAAUCAAAAGAAGAAUCAUCAGACGCAUAG